CUUGGCUUGCAUUUUAUUUCUAUGAUUCAUUUAAUUCAUCACUUUUUAAAACUAGGAGGCUGGCAUCCGGCAGAGCAAAGUGCCGCCUUCCAGCAACACCUUUAUUUGGGGUCAAACAGAAUGUGUUUGUGUUUUCUUUUUCUUUUUUACCCUCACUUGUUCGGCCCUCUGGGAAAGGACUAUUUUGUGACUGGCAAACCACACCCCGGCAGCCAUCUUGUGAAAGCACCUUCAAAAUUCCAAAUGUCCCCAUUGGCCUAAAAAUGUCAGGGGACCCUGCGUUAGUGGUUCCCAACUGACCAGCUGAAAACCCGUGGGCUGUGAACUUGUUAGGUUAGCUUUGAUCUCUUGGUUUCAGCAACCACAUCUGUAACACGGGCAUCUACUUAACAGAACACCACCAUAUGUUAAACCAUAGCUUCAUAGUCCUGAAAUUGCCGCUUCAUUCAUCUCUCUUACUUUCUCUUUCUCCUUCUACCCAUUUUUGCACACGCACAUGCAAAAGUACAGAUUUAUGCCUCUGAGACUGCAAACAACUUCUGGACUGUGUUUGGUUCGUGAUCUUCUGAGAAGGAAUAGUCCGUUUGGGUUCAGCUUGUACCCCUCAAAGGCAAAAAUGUCCAAGGCUGUUCCGGCUCGAAGGCUGGAAGGCCUAGACAAGAAUAUCUGGGUGGAGUUUGCUUCGUUGGCUGCUACGUACAAAGCUGUGAACCUGGGCCAGGGAUUCCCAAAUUUCCCCCCGCCGGAUUUCGUCAGGGAAGCAUUAGUCGAAGUUGUGGGUGGAAAUGAUACCUCGAUUCACCAGUAUACGCAGGCUUUUGGGCAUCCGCGUUUGGUGGCAAUCCUGGCUCGUUUUUUUGGGAAGCUGUUCGGGCGGGACCUCAACCCUCGGACGAAUGUGCUGGUGACUGUCGGAGCCUACGAGGCUCUUUUCUGCUGCUUCCAGGCUUUUGUGGAUGAAGGAGAUGAGGUGAUUAUCAUUGAGCCGUUCUUUGACUGCUAUGAACUGAUGGUGAAAAUGGCUGGUGGGAUCCCUGUGUUCAUUCCUCUCCGAGUGAACGCUGACAAAAGUGGGAAGCUGUCCUCCAGCAGAGACUGGCAACUGGAUCUGGCGGAACUGGAGGCAAAGUUCACCCAACGAACCAAAGCCAUUGUCCUGAACUCUCCCAAUAAUCCCCUGGGGAAGGUGUUCAGUAAGGUGGAGAUGGAGGCCAUUGCGGCUGUGUGUGUGAAACACGACGUCGUGUGCUUCAGCGACGAGGUGUACGAAUGGUUGGUCUAUGAUGGAAAUGAGCACGUCCGGAUCGGCAGUUUACCAGGGAUGUGGGACCGCACCGUGACCAUUGGGAGCGCCGGGAAAUCGUUCAGCGCCACAGGGUGGAAGGUCGGCUGGGCCCUCGGGCCUGAUCAUCUUCUGAAACAUCUAAGAACUGUUCAUCAAAACUCUGUCUAUCAUUGCGGGACAGCGCCUCAGGAGGCCGUGGCCCGUGUGUUGGAAAAAGAGUUUGAGCGCUUUGGGACACCGCAGAGCUAUUUCUUCCAGCUCCCUCAGCAGCUGCAGCGGAAGAGGGACUUCCUCAUCCAGAGCUUGGAAGCCGUGGGCAUGAAACCCAUCGUCCCCGAAGGCAGCUACUUCUUGACUGCAGACCUCUCGACGUUCAAAGUGGAACUGCCUGGUCUCCCAGACUCGGAGGAACCUUACGAUUCUCGCUUUGCGAAGUGGAUGAUCAAGAACAAGGGCUUAGCUGCUAUUCCCGUCUCUGCCUUCUACAGCCCUCCGCAGAAGAAGAACUUUGACCAUUUCAUCCGCUUCUGCUUUGCAAAGGAGGACUCAACUCUGAAAGCCGCAGGUGACAUCUUGCAGCAAUGGAGUCAAAAGGAACCCAGCCAAUAAAAGACUACCUUGGAGUAGGGCUUUAUAGCCAGUGUGCUGGCGGAAGGUAGCCAGUGUGCAUAUUUUGCUGCUGUUCCCAGGCUGGGUCUCCCCUGCCAAAUUGCACACGCAGCGGUGAAGCAAUGUUAUUUUCCAGGGAUUGUGCAUCCAUCAACUUGACGACUUUUUCUGCUCCGUUUCAAUGGGGUUUUGUGGAUUUCUUAGGCACUACCUGGCCUCAUCCUAAAGAAUUUCCAAAUGCCUCUCGCUUUGUCUCGCUCUGUUUUGAUCUGAGUUUUCAAUGAAAAUGCGAAACACACUCCUCAACUAGGUGUUCUCCUUAAUGCCCUUUCGAAAUCGUGCGUGAUAGGUAGGCAAAUAGCUUUUUAGGAUUGGUGUGAGGCUGUGAUUUCCACCCCUUUCGGGUACCGCAUAGCGGGUUUGAUUGUUUUUCGCCUUGCAGGGAAAGAGUGAACGAGCCCCUCCUGACCUCACUGUCUUAUCUCCAGAGGGGAGGACUGAUAAUCCUUUCCCGUUUCGUUGUAUUCCACUCCAGAAAAUCAGGGACGGUCAAGGAAAUGCUACCGAUAGCCAAUAAAAGGAAUG